CGUGCGCGCAGAGAGCUUGGCUGGCUGCGUUUGGGCGCGCAAUCACGCAGCACCACUGAGCAAAUAUCUUCAGAUCUGUGCGUGGAGCGGACGGACCCAGGCUACUGGAGGCGCAUCAUCCUUUGACUUGCAUCAAGGUUUUGAUUUGCGCACGCAUACGCACCAACUUUACUCAUUUGCUUGCUUUAUUUAAAUGACACGCUCAGACGUUUUUCGAGCUGGGAAUUUGGACUCAACAAGGAUGCCGUGCGCGAUGAGGGUGUCUCUAGUGUACGCGGCGCAUGUGCGGAGCCGCUAGUGGACAACUCGCGGGGUAACUCGCGGACAUGCGGUUGUUGGGCUGGAGCGUGCUGUGGGUUCUGGCUGCGACGUUGCAAGCCCAGAACGACACGGAGCCCAUCGUGCUGGAGGGCAAGUGUCUGGUGGUGUGUGACUCCAACCCGGCUGCCGACUGGCGGGCGUCCAACUCGCCACUCGGCAUCUCGGUGCGCGCCGGCAACUCCAAGGUGGCUUUCUCGGCGGUGCGGAGCAACAACCAUGAACCCUCCGAGAUGAGCAACAAGACCAGGAUCAUCUACUUCGACCAGGUUCUGGUAAAUAUUGGAAACUUCUUCACCUUUGAGUCUGUGUUUUUGUCCCCAAGAAAAGGAGUCUACAGUUUCAACUUCCAUGUCAUUAAAGUGUACCAGAGCCAGACCAUACAGGUGAACCUAAUGUUAAACGGGAGGCCCGUCAUUUCAGCGUUUGCGGGGGACAAGGACGUAACUCGCGAGGCCGCCACGAAUGGAGUUCUGCUCUAUCUGGAAAAGGAGGACAAAGUCUACCUGAAAUUGGAGAAGGGCAACCUGGUCGGCGGAUGGCAGUACUCGACAUUUUCCGGCUUUCUCGUCUUUCCUCUGUGAAUAAUAAGAAAACCACAACGGUUUGUAAAGUGACCGACUUCUCUUUCGUGAUGUGUCGUCGCUGCAUAAAUAAAAACAUGACUGCCAAAGCAGCAUCACAAAACUGGGUUUUGAAGAUGCUUUGUUUAGCGUGAUCCUGUCAAUCAAGAUGCUCCCAGAGAGAAGCCUUCCACACCCUGCAAGCGCUUUGUUGUCAUGACAACUGUUGCUCAGGUGUGUCUGCCUUUUUGCUAACUGAGCUUUUUAGUUUGUCGCUAAAACCCAUUUGAUAUGACAUCUGCUUUAAACGUAGCUAACCUCCCAAACAUACCCUCAAUUAAAAAAAAAAUACAUGUCCGUUAUAUGACAACAAUGAAAACAGCUUUUUAUUUUUCUAUAUGCUGUAUAUGUGAUAUAUUAAAAUGAAUGUCCAUAGUGUCCUCUGUUAUCUGACGCUGCAUGUUAAAAGAAGGUGCUGUCUCAACUGACAAGAAAUUUUCAUCAAGUCACAUUUACACACAUUGGAACCUCAAAAGCCGAACAGCCACGAGGUUGUACACUGUUAGCGAACCAGAUUAUGGGAAGAAGAUAUGACUCCAGAGUCAGCCAAAACAGUAGAGUUCCAUUUCUAAGGUAUUGACGUAAACCACAUUUUUACAUAUGACGAAAGUGAAAAACACAUGUACGCCGAUAGGAAGUAUGGAGGUAACAUCCAAGAAGCAAUACAAGGAAAUCAUAAUGGCUUUUUGAAUUGGGCAACUAAGGUUCAAUGAUAAGACCGCAAAAGUGAAUGGAGUCAUUAAAAGCGCUGGACUUUGCUUUGUCAUUACGAUAUGGUCAUUAAUAUUCAAGAUGGGGCGCAACGACAUCUUCCAAUUGCACACAUUGUAAUCUUGGAAUGUCGUACGGUGCAUUCGGGACAAUCGUAAACAGAAACGUUACCCUGUAUACAGGAUGUUCAGUGAAAGGACACUGGAAUCGGAAAGACUUGGUCAGCAUACACCGUUGCUAGUUCUCAAAGCGAAGACAGCAUUAUUUCCUUUUAGCCUUUUAUUUUGCAUUUAUAGGAUGAUGAAGAAUGUUUAAAGAAAAUUGAUAUGACAAGUGUGAGGUGGGACUGUAAAGCAAAUCAAUGCCUUUAUAAUAUAUAUUACACAUAUGACUGUUUUUUUAUGUCCCAUCAUUUUAUGGAAGACAGUUUUACUUGCAAUUGCAUAAGAGUUGAGAACGUUAAAAUGUUACCUAAAACAUGAUCUGUAAAGGUUUUAUGAUGGUUCACAGUUUGACCAUGGAACAGACUAUUUAAAUCAUUGAGUUUCAGAUCCUCAGAGUAUGUUACACAGUGCACAUUUUGAUUCCUUUUAGAAAAUUGAACAAAAUGUUUUGAACUCAUCAUAGGCAAUGAAAGCAACAUUUUGAUGUAUUGAGGCCAAUUCAUGCACAUGUUAAGCUAACGUGGCUAAAAUGGAUGCAUAUUAAGGUUAUUUUAGUAAAUGAAAACAAAUGAAAUAACUAAAACUAAAAUUGAAAAAAACCUUCUCAUUUACAAAACAAAAAUAAAACUAACUGAUACUACAUAUUUUCAAAACUAACUCAAACUAACUGAUUAUAGCGAAGGUGUCCUAUAAUGAAUGACCUAUUAAUUUAAUACGCGAUUAUUUGGGGUUGAUUUAAAAUGUCAUUAUUUACGAUUUUACAGCACAGCCACGAGCCGAAAGAAGAAAAGGUCAAACUUGGAGUUGUAGUCCUCUUAAUGAAAUUAAGGGCGAUUUUUGAUUCUUCUAAUUUAUAGUAUCUGAUCAUAAAAUGGCCACAAGACUGCUAACGGUACCGAUGUAGAUAUCUGGUAUCGGUACUUCUCCAUCCCUAAUUUUCUCUGUUGACAACGUUUGUGUGUCUCCAAAAGUUCACUCAUUCACAUCAUAUUACAACAUACAAUAAAGAAGUUAUGGGGCAACCGCUGCUUGUCUUGGUUUCAUCGUAUAAGCCGUGCUUGUCUGUCUUUUCACUGUUAGUGUAGGGCGAUUGAUAAAUAUGCCGAGGGUCAAUGUAAUGUUGUUUAUUGGCUAGCAUUAACAAAAGCCUUUUUAGGUGGGCUUUUAUUACAUUUCAUUACAGUAUACACUUACAUUUUUGCAAGUGAAUCUUCUACCAGUCUCAUUUUAGAGAAACAUUUCUACACGCCUCAGGCACCACUGCUAGUUUGCUUCACCGACCGAUGACCUACGAGCCAUCUGUUUUAUUCAUGCCAAAACACGUGAUUCCCGAUUAAUCAAACACAAUCUAUGACCAUUAUUCAGGAGUCGUAAAGCCAGCGCAUCGAUUAGCCAUCCAGUCAGUUUGACCCCUACCGAACACGUAACAAGAUUUUGACCUAUAAUCAUAAAUCUCCCUGAAAAGGAUGUCUGUUGCAAUACCAAGACUGACCUGUGAAAAGCAGCAUACUCAGAGAAAGUACAAAUUACAAGAACAUAAAGUGAAGAAACAGAAGAAGCUAGGAUGUUACCUGAUCCGUUUACUAAACUCUUGUAAACUUCUCCUUGUCAUUUUAAUUGUGCUGAACGACCUUGGAGUUGUACUGACUGCUGUGCAAGGUGCAAUUCAUUCCUAACAGGUUAUUUUUCAGUUUUACAUCCAAAUCUUGGCCCAUGCUGUGUGGAGUUUGGAUGUUCUCCCCAUGCCUGCAUGUUUUUUUUUUCAUCAGCAACAUAUUAUAGCUACAAAUAGUUCUGCUUGGGAACGCAUUGGUACACUGUUGUGAUAACAAGCUUUCUUGUGAGUUUAAUAAACGUUUGCAAAGAGAAAUUCUCCAAAUGAA